AUGUCUGGCAAUACUGGCCAAGCUGGUCAAACUGAUCCGGGUCUGCAGGAGGCAGACCCCGUUCAGGUUGACCAUGCUAAUAUGGCGCCCAAUAUCAAGGAAGAGCCCGACGGUCUUCCUCCCCCUGUGGUGGGCACUCGCCUCAAGGACUUCGAGGCACUGCAUAAUGGUGCCAAAGAUACAGUGUUUCAGAUCCAGAUUCUCCUAGCGCUUCAAUCCGAUGACUCCCAUCACCACACAUCACCACACAUCACCACAUGGCUCAACUUCACCUGGAGAGGAAGCGUGCUGGACAUGAUGAACGAGCCGCUAGUCGACCUCGAGGAAGUCCCGCAAGAAACAAAAGCCCAUCAGCCCACAGCCAGGACUGAGGCGCGGAUGAACGACAACACUGUUCCCCAAGCUCCACCACAGCCCAAACAGGGGUGGAACAAGAGGAGGCGAUAA